GGUCUGUUCGGGAUAGUCGCGUCUGAAAGUGUCGCUCGGGAGUUGCAGGAAUAAAACAAGAAAAUCAGGGUGUGGGUGGGCCGCGGGUGAGCGAUGGGCGAGAUCGAGGGCUCCUACCGGGUCCUACCGACCCCAGGGACCCGCCUGGGGGCCCAGUUCAACGCGGGGAUCAGCACCCUGGAGCCAGGACAGAGCCUCGGCACCGCCGGGGGGAGGGGCCAGGACAAGGGCCUGCAGAUCCGGGUCCAGGCGCUGGACGACACCCAGGACGUGUACGAGAUGGAGUCCAAGGCUGACGGUCAGGCCAUUCUGAAUGAGGUUUUCCAAAAGUUCAACAUCAUCGAGAGCGACUACUUUGGCCUGGAGUUUCAGAACACACAGAUGAACUGGACGUGGCUGGAACCCAUGAAGCUCGUUGUGAAGCAAGUGAGGCGGCCCAGGAACACACUCCUCAGGCUGUCAGUCAAGUUCUUCCCUCCAGACCCUGGCCAACUGCAGGAGGAGUACACCAGGUACCUUUUCGCCCUGCAGAUAAAGAGGGACCUGGCGGAGGGGAAGCUGGCCUGCACUGAGAACACCGCCGCCCUGCUGGUCUCUCACCUGGUGCAGUCGGAGAUCGGAGACUUCGAUGAGAUGGCCGACCGGGAGUUCCUGAAGGUGAACAAGCUGCUGCCGAACCAGGAGAGAGUGCAGGAGAAAAUCAUGGAGCUUCACCGCCGGCACCUGGGUCAGACUCCGGCUGAGUCAGACUUCCAGGUGCUGGAGAUCGCCCGCAAGCUGGAGAUGUACGGGGUCCGCUUCCACCCCGCAGCCGACCGCGAGGGAACCAAGAUCAACCUGACCGUGGCUCACCUGGGGCUGCAGGUCUUCCAGGGCAACACAAAAAUCAACACUUUUAACUGGUCCAAGAUCCGCAAGCUGAGCUUCAAGAGGAAGAGGUUCCUGGUCAAGCUCCACCCAGAGGUUCACGGCCCCCACCAGGACACCCUGGAGUUCCUGAUGGCCAGCAGAGACCAGUGCAAAGUGUUCUGGAAGAACUGCGUGGAGCACCACACCUUCUUCCGCCUGCUGGACCAGCCCAAGCCCAAGGCCAAAGCCAUCCUCUUCAGCCGAGGCUCCUCCUUCAGAUACAGUGGGAGGACGCAGAAGCAGCUGGUGGAGUACGUGAGGGACAGUGGGGCUCGGCGGACCCCCUACCAGAGGAGGAACAGCAAGAUGCGCAUGUCCAAUCGCUCCCUGGCUACCGAUGUGCCAAAACAGAGCCUGUCCUUCAACGACAGCCUGAAGGUGCCGGGCUCCCCCUCCUCGGCCACCGUGUCCUUCCACUCUCUGCAUGCUGUCAGCGCCCCCCCGCGGGUCGAGCCCCCACCCCAGCAGCAGCAGCCUGCGCGGCCCCCCAGCCCCCAAAAGGAGGAGCCCAUUACAGCCACCCCCCCUCCUCAGCACGCCUUCCAAGGCACACGUGUGGACAGCCCCCAGCUGUCGCCGCUCCCCGUCGGCAGCCCGCUCUGCCUAUCGCCCUCCUUCCAGAUGUCUACCCUCAGCCUGCCGGGCCACGCCCCCUCCCCCCUGCAGAGCCCCAUCCUGAGCGAGGUGGGCAGCUCCCGGCUGGAGGAGGAGGAGGAGGGCAGGAGGAAGAGGUAUCCUACUGACAAGGCCUACUUCAUUGCCAAAGAGAUUCUGACUACAGAGAGGACAUACGUCAAGGACCUGGAGGUUAUUACAGUGUGGUUCCGCAGCGCCGUCAUCAAAGAGAACGCCAUGCCGGAGGGCCUGAUGAACCUGCUGUUCUCCAACAUCGACCCCGUUUAUGAGUUCCACCGCGGCUUCCUGAAGGAGAUCGACCAGAGGCUGGCUCUCUGGGAGGGGCGCUCUAACGCUCAUGUGAAGGGGGACUACCAGAGAAUCGGGGACGUGAUGCUGAGGAACAUGUGUGCUAUGAAGGAGUUCACCAGCUACCUGCAGAAACACGACGAGGUGCUGACAGAGCUGGAGAAGGCCACCAAGCGCGUGAAGAAGCUGGAGACGGUCUACAAGGAGUUCGAGCUGCAGAAGGUGUGCUACCUGCCCCUCAACACCUUCCUGCUGAAACCCAUCCAGCGCCUUAUGCACUACAAGCUGAUCCUGGAGCGGCUCUGCAAACACUACAGCCCCGAGCACCGCGACCGUGACGACUGCAAGGAGGCCCUGAAGGAGGUGGCGGAGAUGGCGGCCCAGCUGCAGAGCAGUCUGAUCCGGCUGGAGAACUUCCAGAAGCUGACGGAGCUGCAGAGGGACCUGAUCGGCAUCGAGAAUCUGACCGCCCCCGGGAGGGAGUUUAUUCGAGAGGGCUGCCUGUACAAGCUCACCAAGAAGGGGCUGCAGCAGAGAAUGUUCUUCUUGUUCUCCGAUAUGCUGCUGUACACCAGCAAAGGCGUAACGGCCACAAACCAGUUCAAAGUGCACGGUCAGCUGCCCCUGCACGGCAUGAUAGUGGAGGAGAGUGAGAACGAGUGGUCCGUGCCCCACUGCUUCACCAUCUACUCCGCACAGAGGACCAUCGUAGUGGCUGCCAGCUCCAAAGUGGAGAUGGGGAAGUGGAUGGAGGAUCUGAACAUGGCGAUUGACAUGGCCAAGAAAUCCCAGGAGAAAUCUGACCUCUUCCUGGACUCUGGCCUGUGUGACCGCUCCAACAGGUCUUCGGAUGAGGUGUCUCUGGAGCAGGAGUCCGAGGACGACACGCACUCAUCCCGCAGCUCCCUGGACAAGCAGACGCACCAUCGCGCCAACACCACCAUGCAUGUGUGCUGGCACCGAAACACCAGCGUGUCCAUGUCCGACCACAGCCUGGCCGUGGAGAACCAGCUCUCCGGGUAUCUCCUGAGGAAGUUCAAGAACAGCAAUGGCUGGCAGAAGCUGUGGGUGGUCUUCACCAACUUCUGCUUGUUCUUCUACAAGACGCACCAGGACGAUUUCCCAUUGGCCAGCCUCCCGUUGCUAGGCUACACGGUGGGCACCCCGGGCGAGUCCGACAGCAUCCAUAAGGAGUACGUCUUCAAGCUGCAGUUCAAGUCCCACGUGUAUUACUUCCGGGCCGAGAGCGAGUACACCUUCGAGAGGUGGAUGGAGGUGAUCAGGAGCGCGGCCAGCGCCACCGGCAGGAUGAGCCUCCUGGUGCCCCGUGACCACCCGGAGAUGAACGGCAACUGAGGGGCCUCGCUGGGCGGAGCUUCCUGGGGCUGGGGGCGGGGCCUCACGGACUCCAGGGAGCUUAUUGGGUGUUUUUACUUUUUAAAAAAUAUCGCUAUUGCUAUUGGUAUUUCUCUGAGGACCUCCGCUCCCUCGCGCACGGAAGGGAGCGGGGCUCACUGACUCUUUGGAACGAUUGGACGAGACCAGCAGGUUUUCCGAAAGCAGGGCCCCCCGUGCCUUUCCCUGUUGGGCCAGUCUGUUUGGAGGCCGCGCUGCAAUACCUGUGGAGGAUCAUGGGACAGGCCGGGCCUACACCACCGCACCCAUAUCAACCCUGCAAACGGACCGAGGCGAGCAACCCCAGCAGCGGCCAGUCGGGCUUUACUGAAAGGAAACGUGCACAGAAUCAGCCCCUGUACUUAGAAGCAGUGGCUGAAAGAGUGGUGAAGGCAUGAAGGUACGAGGAUAAAGUAGCUGUCACACACUGCCAGACAGCCUGUAUUACGCAGGUAAAGACUCCUGAAGGUUUGAGUUUGCUGAAAAAUGAAAACUCUUGGGUCUGGAUAAACGUAGUUGAUGUUACAGUGGUAUUUCUGAUUAGUGUGCAGGGUGUCUGUAGGAGCCCAGAGGAUGUUUGUGUGCGUAUGCCACUCAGAUCAGACAGACAGGAAGUUAGUGUGCAUUAGUAUCAUAAACUAGCAGUAUUGACCACAGGGAUUCAUUACACCACAUACUAAAGAAGCUUACAAAUUACUACAGCUGAGGGGUUGGGAAAGGAACUUCAUCCCCUUUUCAGGGAGCCAGGGGGUCACAAAUAAAACCAGUAAAUACAGUUGAAUAUCUGAUCCCGUUUAGCAGAAGGACAGGGUACACAUCUGGCACAAAGGCCACGGCUGCCAUGAGAGUAUAGGUUACAACCAAUGGGAAGGAACUCCAUCCCUGCCAAAACGUCCGCGGUGUGGCUACGGACAGGGAAUGACUAAAGAGCGGACGGAAGCCAUGUUGGUGAGGGCAUCGGGAAGUGUAGGCGGGUUUGACGUGAGGUUUUCGAGGGGAACGGUUGGCUCUGCUCUUCUGGAUACAGAGGCAGGGAAAGGAUGGUGGCACUCGGGCUACAGGAGGUCUCUCCCAACGAGUGCCGUCACCUUAGAGGGGGAAAGAAAGUGGAACGGAUACGUGCUUUAUCACAAGCCUGACCAAGGACAAGGAGAGGUGGCUCCAAGGCAGAAAUGGCAGCCGGAUGGAGAGUCAUGUGACCAGAGGAGGCAGUCCUUCUCAACCCUGUGCGGCAUCGACAGGCUUAAGAAAAUGCCAGAUGCCAGAUUGAUUUAACUGCGAGGCUUUUCAUAUUGAGGCAACAUUCCCAUUUCUGUGCCUUUCCUAACGCAUGAGUAAAAUAUUGGAUCGGUGCAAUCUGAUUAAGUGGAGUGGUAGAAAAAUGUAAAGAGCGAUUUUGGUACACACCUUCCAAAAAAAUGCAUUUUCAAUUUUAAGACUAAACUGUUGGCGGAAAUAUACAUUGCCGGCCUUUCAGCAUUUUUGAUCAUGUAGAAGGUUAGAAAUUAAUAUUUCGUCUGAAAGAAUGGAUUUUUAUAUUGAUUAAGGUUACACUAAGUCUGACCAAAUGAAGCCCUUGUUCUGCUCUGUCCAGAUGGAGUGAGUUUGCUGUAAGCAGUCGGGUAUUAACUGGAAUAUGGCAAUAGUCUGGCACCUCUGUGUAGAACUGUUCUCACCCCAAGACAUUCUGGGAUUUCAGUGACACCCCCCCCC